CUACAGCAAGCCUCCAGUGACACAUUUUAUUCCGCCGCAGUUCUUAAACAUGCGGCUCUGCUUCAAAAUAUAGCUAGAGCUGUGUUUAGAGAAGACGUUUCGGAUCAUCAGAAUGGCUCUUGAACAUCUCAGUGAUGUAGUUCAGAGAUGUCAAGCAAUAAAGGAUGAAAGCUUCUCACCAGAGGACUACAACGUAUUCCUCACUGCCGGAAGAACCUGCAUAGAGCAAGGCGACAGUGCCCAAGUUCUCAGCAUUCUUGUUGACGAAAAGAAUAAGAACAUUGUGAGAUGCAUGGGCUGGAAUCUGCUGGGUCCACUGGUGCAGAUCCUCCUGAAGAAAGAAGACAAAAAUCUUCCACACUGCCAUGCCAUCCUCUCAUAUCUGCUGGAGGUAUGCAGUCCUAAAGAGCUGCUGGUAGGUUUGCUGGAGCAGGUGGAGGACACUGAUUCUGGCUCCAUUGCUGAGACUGUGACUCUUCUCCUCCAGCCUUUACAAACUGUACUGCUGAGGAUGGGCAUAAAGAAGGCCUCAUCUGUGGGCAUGGCUCUCUCCACGCUGCUCAGCCAAGUGGCCAGACUGCCGGUGCCCGUCACUAAAGAGCAGGAAGAAGACGAUGUUUUUGGCUUGUGCCGCUGCUGCACUGCUCUUCUAGAAUUUGUAAAGCCCUUUGUUGAGGAGAUCAAGGAGAUUAUCAAGGAUAACAACAGGAUAUCAGAGGACAAUGAGCUCCGAGUGGAACUUCUAAAGUUCUGCAUGAAGAGUUUAAGCGAGCCUCUACUGGGGGUGCAUUUGAAAGAUCCAGACACACUGGAGAAGUCCCCUCUCAGAGAAUUCGCUACAGAGAUUCUGAUCAUUUUAUCAAUUAUUGGGGAGUCACUGCCAGAGUUGUUAAGUCGUAAUAUACUGAAGAAAAAGGAGGUACCAGGCUUUCUUGAAGAGGAGGUCAGAUAUCCAAAGGAGUCAUUGGCCUGUAUGUCCCACCUGCUUUUUGUGGAUCAUAUCGCCAUGGACAUCUUUCCAGCUGUUUUCAGCCCAGUUUUUGUUCUUCAGUGCAACAUGGAAUAUAUCGAACUGCUGUUAAGCAGAACUGAAGAAUCACAUCUGCUGAAAGGAUUAGAAUUGUAUGAAAAAAGUCUUGUCAGAGUAGAAGAUAACAGUCUACCAGUGGAUCUUCUGGAACUAAAGACAUUUUUCAUUGUUCCACAAAACAUAGUGAAAGUUAUGACAUUGUGUCCAGAACAGACCUUGAGAACAAAAGGUCUGAAAGUGUUUCAGCUAAGUAUUGACAAAUUCAACACAGAGGCCAAAUACAAGUUCUUCAGAGGCAUGUUGAAAACAAGUCACCAUGCAGGGGUGGAGGGAUAUAUAACCAAGAACAUCAAAAAUCAGAUAGACUUUUCCCUGAAGCCAGGGAACGGUAAUGAAUGGUUUCUGGGUAAACAUCUCCUGCCUCUGCUGCGGCUAGUGCUGUGCCUUUCUCAGGGUCCAGAAACAGACCUGCUGCAGAACCUAGACAGGAUCAUGGAAUCGCUGAACCUCCUCCGUUACAUGCUCAUCAGAGAUAAAGAAUGGGAGAAUGAGACAGGAAUAUGGACUGAGCUUUAUAAGAUUGAGGACAACUACCUGAGGCCUCUCCGUACUGGACUGAACAUGUCCAAAGCCCAUUAUGAAGCAGAACUGAGGAGCACGAAAGAGAAUAGGAGGAAAUCUAAAGACUCAAAAACUCCUGUCUGCUCCGUAAGUGUUGGCAAUGAGGAGCUACAACACAUGACACCAGAAAUGCAGAUACAGGUUCUGCAGUCAGCCCUCUUCACAUUUGACCUGAUAGAGAGUGUCUUGGCUAGAAUCGAGGAGAUCAUUGAAGCCAAAGACAGACCGUCAUGAGGGAACUGGUGUCUGGCCUUGUUAGAUUCUGUCAGCCAUCAGCAUCUUUUC